UGACUGGGGUCGCCCCCCGGGGCUGGACGCGUAUCCCUAGACAGCGGGAGUAGGAGGAGAGAUGUGGGAGCGGGACUUCCGGAGGACGUGACGUAUAGAUGAGGAAGGUCCGGACCUGUUAAAUCGGUUAGUGAUUUCUGGCGUCCUAGUAUUACUGGGGUCUGCUUGAAAUUGGGGAUCUCGCGGGUUCGGGGAGGAUUGUAAACUGAGACCCGGCUUCGAGCCUAAGUGUAGAGUCAAGGCGAGAAAAACUUCUACGCACCUGAGGGGCUCCCGGAUUAAAACAAGAGAAUAGCCUUUACUGGCUAUCUCUAGAGAUGUCCUCCCUUUCAGAAUACGCCAUACGAAUGGCUCGCCUGAGUGCCCGAAUAUUUGGAGAAGUUGCUGUCCCCACCGAUUCCAAAUCCAUGAAAGUAGUGAAGUUGUUUAGUGAACAGCCUUUGGCCAAAAGGAAGGAGACUUAUGACUGGUAUCCCCCUCACAACACCUAUUUUGCUCUAAUGAGGAAACUCCGUUUCUUUGGUCUUUACAGAGAUGAACAUCAAGAUUUUAAGGAAGAGCAAAGGCGACUAAAGAAACUUCGUGGAAAAGGCAAGCCAAAAAAAGGAGAAGGGAAAAGAUCAGCUGCAAAGAAAUAAUGUUGAACCAAUCAGUGACUGAGAUGAGAAAGAAGUACACAAACUGAUAUUUUUCCAUUCUUAAUAAGAAUACAACUUUCCUAAAUUGAUGGAUUUUGGUACAAGAAUCAACCCUCCCCCAAUGGAGUCAAAUCAUGCUGAAUUAGGAUUGAAUUCUUGAACACAUUUUGGUCCUUAAAAGUUAUUUUAGCUUUGAUAUUGUGUGAAAAUGCUAUCUAUUGUAUUCUCAAAGAAAUUAUUCACUUGUAAUUAUUUGCUGAUUUUCUAGCAAAAAAUAAGAUCCUUACUAAAUUAGCAUCUUCUUUGACCCAAUUGGCCUAUGUAUCCAUAUUUUUUCCUUCCUAUCCACAUUUUUCUUUUUACUUAAACAGACUUCCUUGACCUAACUGCCCAGUCACUCACUUUCUUUACUCUUCUUUGAAUCACAUUGCCCUUUGCCUAUCUACAAGUUCUUUUGAGUUAUCCAGCAAAAUAUUUAUGUGUAUGUAGGAAAGAAGGAAGGGAGGGAAGGAACACUUAUAAAACAUCUUCUGGGAGAUAGGUGCUAUUAUUAUCCUUAUUUUACAGUUGAGGAAGCAGAAGCAGUUUAAGUGACUUGUCCAAGGUCAAACAGCUAAACUGUCUGUGGCUAGAUUUGAAUAAAACUCUUUUUGACUCCAGGCAUAGGGUUUUAUCCACCACACUCAGUAGCUGCCCUAAAAAAUGUAACUGGGGAGAUGGAAAUGUAUGAGAAAUGAGAAUGUAUGGAAAUGAGAAUUCUGUCUAUUUAAGUGGUGGUAUAUAUUUAUCUAGUUGGGUGACUUAAAGGAGAUAGUAUUUUGGCAGUGGUCCUAAACUAACUUGUAAGAGCUAUCCUAACCCUGUUUCUACCUCUCUUAGAACCAAUGAAAUACUCCUAUAUAGUUUUCAUAUAACAUGAUCCUGGGGCAUUUCUGGGUUGUUGUUUUUUCCAACAUACAUAUAUCUCCACCUUUGUUUUGAUGGGAGAAUAAAGAAGAUGAAUUUGUA